GUUCCAAAUGUUGACUAUGGAGCUUCGGGAAGCUAUCCAAGAUACCCUUCGCACAAUUGUCCGCAGCGAAUUGGAAAGCGUUCUGCUGCGUGGCAUUCCUGCCUACCCUGUCUCCAAACUGUCGCCCAGUGACCUCCGAGGUAACAAGAAAGAGACUAUCUCCUGCAUAUACAACACCCCUUCAAGCGCGGUGCGAAUCGACGGUGCCGAUUUUCUCCCCAACCGCAGCUUCCACACAUCUGCAUCAGCAGCCGAGUCGCAAACCAGCUCCGGCUGUUGCAAAGGGAGGACUCAUUCCCCACUGGGUGGGAGGAUAAAGAGGCCUGCAUCAUUCGUCGAGGACCGUUCUGCCCUUUUUCCCGAAGCGACACAAGUGAACCGAACCGACGUGACGCGGUGUCGUUAGCUCAGAAGCAGUCUCCGUUUGCCCCUUCGUCUCCUGCCGUUCCUCUCCUCCGCCUGUCAUUACUCGAGCUUCAGCCACCAGAGCUCAUAAGCUGAGCCACCACAGCUCCCUUUCGAGCAGUUCCUUCCCUCAGCUCAACUUAGACCUCUCGGAGGAUAUUCGUUCUUCAACCACCUUUGCAACCUUCGAAGGAUUCCCGUUCCCUAAUUCUUUCUCUUGGGAGGAGUUGCUGCCUGUCCUUUUUCCCUGAAGGGCAAGUUCCGUCGAGUUCAUACCAGCCUGCGGUUCCAACCGAAAGAGCAUCCGCUACCGUCAACGUUACCGUUACCGUUUCGUCUAUUCCUCAAAAUGCUCGCUGUAGCUCCAACUCGCCGCCACCAGGCGUGCGGCCCGGCUUCCCAGCCUGCAGUCGGAAUCGACGGCCUAUAUCUGUCGGGAGGACUGCAGUCGACGGCUGCGAUGUCGAGUUUCGGCAGCGGCCCGUCGAGCGCGCCCCUCCUGCCAGUGGAUGUUGCUCCGACGCCGACAGCAGGGACGGCCGCCCCCGCCGCGCCUGGGAGAAUCUCGACCGUUGAAAUGACCUCGAUCAGCCCCGUCCCGUCCGUAAAUUUUCCGGAUUUUGAGGGACUGACGUCUCAGAAAACAGCUCUCCCCAGUGGCGCGGGGAAAUCCGCCGCUACGCGUGCAGAUGCGCCAAGAGCAACGGCGGGCGUGCGGACAGCCACUGGCGCGGGGACAUUCCUCCGCCCCACACCUCCGCAGAGUCCGCCGCUGGGAGCCUCCAGCGCGGCGCUCGGGUUCCGCCAGCGCCGCCGCCACUCGUUCAGCGGGUUUCGCGAGCUUUCGGCGGGAUCCGGAGUUGACGGCAAUCAGGUGUCACUGUCUAACAAACGGAUACUGGAUGGUGCUAAUAACGGGGAUAUUCGUACAACCCCCUCUCCCCCACUGCCCACUGCACCUGCUGCUGCUGCCACUUCACCGCCUCAUGCGGAAGCCAUGGGGCGACGACAUCAGAGUCACAGUACAGAAGUGGCAGGACAGCGGCGCUUGGUCCAGCACUGGCGCAUGCGAAGUAUGGAAGCAUUGAUGGAGCAGCCUGCACUAGAAAGGUCGGUCAACCAAGGAAGCGCUGGCAGUGCCAGCAGUGCUGCUUGCAGUAUGUUGGGCUUACCGUGUCAGAGUCAUGCUGAAUCCAUGGGACGGCGGCGCUCGGUCCGGCACCGGCGCAUGCGAUCCAUGGAAGCAGUGAUGGAGCAGCCUGCAGUGGAGAGGACAUCGCCACAAGAGACUCUCUCGCCGCCCUUCAGACGAGUGUACACUGCUGUGCAGUCGCCCUACGGGAUACGAGCGAGCACUGCUGGGCAGCAAUCACCCCAUGCAUCACCCCAUGCAACACCCCAUGCAACACCCAACGCAUCAUCACCCCAUGCUGGUACAUACUCCAUGAGUUCUCUUGUCAGUGACGCCUCUUCUGCCUCCCCAUCACCAUCAGCACCGUUCCCUCGCUCGUCGGCAUCAGCCCCUUCAGCCCUCUCUCCUGAGCCGGUGGGCUCGGCUGCAGCAUCUCACACAGCAGCAGCAGCAGCUUGCAUCAGUGGGACUUCAAAGAGUGUCAUAGUGAAAGCCAUGAGCGCCACUGGGAUUACCACAAAGAGCACGGCGACUGAAAAUGCUGACGGCUCGCUUCCAAGGAUGAUAAGCCGGAUGGCCUCUAGCCUUCGGAGCAGCAGCUGCGAUGGAAGCAGGUCCCGGCGUGCGUCUCAGUCGCCACCGCUGCCACCACGGCGUGUUAGUUUCAAUAAGCUUGUGCUUGUGCGGACUUUCUUCGAUUGAUGAGUGUAAUUGUGGAAUAUUAGAUGUAAAAUGGGUUUUCUCUGCCUGGCGCUAGAUUAACUAGGUGAG